CAAUGUGUAAAGCUGACCUGAUUUCAAAAAUUGAUUCCCACCGACAACGUUGGAUAAUGUGUAAAGCUGAUCAGUUUGUACAAAAUGAUUCAAUUUCAAAUGUUGACCACCGACAAAUUCAAACCAACCGCAAAUUCAAAUUCAAAUUCAAAUUCAAAUUCAAACAAAAAAAACAAAUUUGGAUUGGCUAUAAAUAACAUUCAUGAGUUCUACUUCAAACCACCCAAUUCGAAGUAUUUCUGAUCUCCAAACCAACCACUUUUUACAAAAAAUGUCUGUUCGAUCAACUGGGUACACGGUUACUGAAGAUGUGCUCCUUUGUCAAGUAUUCUUGGAUAUUUCUCAAGACCCUAUUAUCGGUAGAAACCAGUCUCGAGAUGCAUUUUGGUCUCGUGUGGAGGACAAAUACAAUGAACUUCGAGAUCAGCAUUUUGAGAUGCGUACGAGCCGAUCAAUUCGUUCUCGAAUGGAAAUUAUAAGUAAUGAAGUAAGGAAAUUGAAUGCGUGCUUGAGACAAGUAGAGAAUCUGAAUCCAAGUGGUGCUUCAGAUGAAGAUAUUUUAGUUCGAGCAAAGAUGUUAUUUAUGCAAGAACCGAAGUACAAAAAAGGUUUCAAAUUUGAUCAUGUCUGGAAUAUGGUUAAAAAUUUCGAAAAAUUCAAAGAUGAUGUCCCCACAGCAAGACAAGUUGGUCGAAGACAAUCCCAAAGUGUGAACUUCGACUCGUCACAAUCAGAUAAUCCCACUCCGGAAUCUCCUAUAUCAACAUCUCCUGGAUUGUCAUCAUUUACUCCAUCUGAACGACCUAUUGGGGUAAAAAAAGCUAAAUUGAAAAGGAAAAAUAAUGAUCAUGAGUCAAGUGUAGUGGACUCCAUCGAGACCUCCAACAAUCGACUUAUAGACAGGUUAGACAAGGCGAGCUUGGACAGGCAAGAAGCAUUUGAUAUCGAACGAGAAAAGAUAGCCAUGAAAAAAGAUAGAGAUGAAUGGAAAAUUAUAAUGAAAGAUUUGAAUUCCAUUGCUGAUCCAAACGUGCGUGAGUACGUUCGAGCUCAACAGAUUAAAAUAAUACAAAAAAGAAAUCAACAAGAACAAGGGUCUGCUUCUAAUUUUGGCAAUUAUUUUAAUGAUAUUGGACACUCUGGCCCCGAUCUACCAGAUUAUUGAGAGUUGCUUGUCCAUCUCAGGAAAUGUUCCAUGUUUAGUUUGUAUUUUAUGUUUUAUUUUAAUGAAG